CUGGGAUAUGUUUUUAUGCUAUUAGCUAUUCUGUUGAUUCUUCUCCAAACAGGAACCACCGAUUUACAAAUUUUAUUAACCACUGAAUUUAGUGAGCAGCGCCAAAUCCUUCUAUGGAUUGCUUUUUUCGCCUCUUUUGCCAUCAAAGUGCCUAUGGUACCAGUUCAUAUUUGGUUACCCGAAGCCCAUGUAGAGGCACCUACGGCUGGAUCCGUCAUCUUGGCUGGAAUUCUUUUAAAAUUGGGAACCUACGGGUUUUUAAGAUCUUCAAUACCCAUGUUUCCCGAAGCGACACUUUGUUUCACUCCUUUCAUUUAUACUCUAAGCGCGAUUGCUAUAAUAUAUACUUCCUUGACCACUUUAAGACAUAUCGAUCUUAAGAAGAUCAUUGCCUACUCCUCAGUAGCCCAUAUGAAUUUGGUGACUAUUGGUAUGUUUAGUCCGAACAUACAGGGAAUUGGAGGUAGCAUUUUACUUAUGUUAAGUCAUGGACUGGUUUCUUCAGCCCUUUUUCUAUGUGUUGGUGUUCUAUAUGACCGACAUAAGACUCGACUUGUUAGAUAUUAUGGAGGUUUAGUGAGCACCAUGCCGAAUUUCUCUACCAUUUUCUUCUUUUUCACUUUAGCCAAUAUGAGUUUACCCGGCACUAGCAGCUUUAUCGGGGAAUUUCUAAUCUUAGUAGGAGCUUUCCAAAGAAAUAGCUUAGUAGCCACAUUAGCUGCGCUUGGGAUGAUUUUAGGCGCGGCGUAUUCCCUUUGGCUAUAUAAUCGUGUGGUUUCUGGAAAUUUAAAACCCGAUUUCCUCUAUAAAUUCUCCGAUCUAAAUUGCAGAGAAGUUUCCAUAUUUCUACCUUUUCUUGUUGGAGGGGCGACCGUCUGUUGA